AUGAUCCGAGCAAGCAGUAAAACUACUCUCUCGAUCCUCAACAGACAGACCAUCGCAAGACCAUCUGCUAUCCUUCAUCCGAACCACUUCAGCUCGACCCCUCGACAUCAGGCUGAAAUCGAGCUAGAAAUCGAUGGUAAAAAGGUGACUGUCGAACAGGGUAGCGCCCUCAUUCAAGCAUGCGAGAAAGCCGGUGCCACAAUCCCAAGGUUUUGCUAUCAUGACCGGUUGGCUAUCGCUGGAAACUGCAGGAUGUGUUUGGUUGAGGUAGAAAAAUCACCUAAACCAGUGGCAUCAUGCGCAAUGCCUGCCAUGCCAGGUUCGAAAGUGUUCACAAACACACCUUUGGUUCACAAGGCUAGAGAGGGUGUGAUGGAAUUUUUACUGGCAAACCAUCCUCUAGAUUGCCCGAUUUGUGACCAGGGAGGCGAGUGUGAUCUUCAAGAUCAAUCGAUGCGCUAUGGUUCAGACCGAUCUAGAUUCAAGGAGUAUACCGGCAAACGUGCCGUCGAGAACAAAAACCUGGGUCCGAUCGUCAAGACAGUCAUGACAAGAUGUAUCCAAUGUACCCGUUGCGUCCGAUUUGCCAAUGAAGUCGCUGGGGUCGAUGAGUUUGGCACGACCGGUCGUGGCAAUGAUAUGCAGAUCGGGACCUACAUCGAAAGGACUCUCAACAGUGAACUCAGCGGAAAUAUUAUCGACUUAUGUCCAGUUGGAGCCCUCACUUCGAAACCAUAUGCUUUUACUGCCCGUCCCUGGGAGCUUAAAUUGACCGAAUCAAUCGAUGUCAUGGACGGCUUGGGUAGCAACAUUCGAAUCGAUUCUCGUGGAUUACAAGUCAUGAGAAUCCAACCUAGAAUUAAUGAGGAUGUCAACGAAGAGUGGAUCCACGACAAAACCCGUUACGCUUAUGACGGCUUGAAAACUCAGCGGCUAACGGUCCCCUUGAUUAAAACUGAUGGGAAAUUUCAACCGGCUACUUGGGCGGAGGCUUUAACCGCUGUCGCCGAAGGCUUGAAGGAAUCCGGUGCCAAGAAUAACGAAAUCAAAGCCAUCGCUGGGGCACUAGCUGAUACUGAAUCUCUAGUGGCCCUGAAGGACCUCAUCAACAAGUUAGGAUCGGACAAUACUGCAUUAGAAAAUCUUUCGGGCGACGCUUCUCCAGCGCAUGGAGUUGAUUUCAGACAGAAUUACGCUUUCAAUUCGACUAUAGUUGGCGCCGAUGAGGCUGAUUUCGUCUUGCUGGUGGGCACCAAUCCACGACACGAGGCAGCCGUACUCAACAGUCGAUUCCGAAGAUCUUGGUUGAACAAAGGCUUACGGGUAGGCUUGAUCGGUGAAAAAUUCGACAGUGUCUUCGAAUUCGAUCAUCUUGGUGCAGACCUCCGGGCUGUCAAGGAUUUCACCUCAGGAAAAGGAAAAUUCGCUGAAUCAUUCAAAAGCGCUAAGAAGCCGAUGAUCAUCAUUGGAAGUGCCGUCAAUGACCAUGCUGAUGGUCAAGAAAUUUACAAGUCAUUGGCUGGCUUUGUUGAAGCUCACAAAGCACAAUUCUUAACACCAGAAUGGAACGGGUUUAACGUUCUUCAGCGCACGGCGUCAAGCACGGCGGCGUACGAUGUCGGAUUUGUUCCGUCGAACUCGGCCAGCAAAGCUCAACCGAAAUUCAUUUACCUCUUGAACGCAGAUGAUUUCGAUCCAAGCAGGAUCCCUAAGGAUGCAUUUGUCGUCUACCAAGGUCAUCACGGAGACCUGGGUGCCAGUUACGCGGAUGUCUGUUUACCUGGUACAGCUUACACAGAGAAAUCGGCCACCUGGGUGAACACUGAAGGGCGGAGUCAAUUGGGAAGAAUCGCGGUCUCCUCGCCCGGCUCGUCGCGAGAAGAUUGGAAGAUCAUCAGGGCGGUCUCGGAGGUCUUGAACGUCGGCUUACCCUAUGAUGAUCCGAUCCAAUUGAAGAAUCGAAUGUGGGAGGUCUGCCCAAGUCUCAUCAGAUACGACGAGUUGGUCCCCAGCUCGACCUCACUCGAAGCCAUCCAAUCCAUCGCCUCCCAUCAACCUCCCUCUCCUCUUUCGAAAUCUUCCCUCAAAACUGGCGCCUUGGGCUUGCCGAUCAAAGACUUCUACUUCACCGAUCCUAUCUCUAGAAACUCAAUCACUAUGGCUCAAUGCUCUAAAGCUUUCUCAAAUCCAAACCCUGAUGUCACUCAUUCUGAUAAGAGCGACCAACCUAUGGCUGCCUUUGGUUAA